AUGUCUUUAGUUAGGUCUGCCACAUCGUUUGGGAAUCGUAAGCUCUACCCACUAAAGGGGAGCAAUGAGAACUCUGUCUUGUCAACAUCCGCCUUCAACUCCGACAACCGUGGGAUCAUGUAUUCAUCUGAAACUUGCAGCAGUGAUAGUUUUGAUCCAAAGUACUUUCUUGACUCCCCAACCGAAGAACUUACUCCCACAUCUAGCUAUGGUGUCUCAGGGAAUUCAUUCCCCCCACAAGGUCCAUCUUCUUACCAGCUAAUGGCUGGCCAAAACCCUUUUAACUCCUCUUUUGUGGCCGUGCGACAUCCUGUUGUCUAUCAAUCCAUUGUUGAAUCAGAAUACUUUGGAAGUCAAAGUCCAGAUGCAGUAGACUAUGAUGAAGAUAAGAUGAGAUUAAAGCUUCAAGAGCUGGAGAGGGCGCUUUUUGAUGAUAACAAUAAUGAUGAAGACAAUAUGUUUGGUCCGGACCAGAGUAUGGAACUUGAUGACAAUAUGUUUGGUCCGGACCAUAGUAUGGAACUUGAUGGUGAAUGGGCAGAUCAAAUUCCUGAUGUACUGCUCCAUGACUCGCCCAAGGAAUCUUCUUCAUCAGAAUCAAAUGUUAGCACCAUCAGCAGCAACAAAGAAAUACCAUUAGCCACUCAGGCUCCCAAGCAGUUGCUAUUUGACUGUGCUGCCUCAAUUCAAGAUGGGAACAUUGAGGAAGCAUCAACCAUGAUAAAUGAGCUCCGGCAAAAGGUCUCAAUCCAAGGAGAUCCUCAGCAGAGGAUUGCAGCCUAUAUGGUGGAAGCUCUUGCUGCUCGGAUGGCUACCUCUGGCAAAGGUCUUUAUAAAGCUCUGAAAUGCAAAGAGGCCCCCUCUUUAGAUAGAUUGUCAGCAAUGCAGGUUCUCAUGGAGGUUUGCCCAUGUUUUAGAUUUGGAUUUAUGGCAGCCAAUGGUGCAAUUCUAGAGGCGUUUAAAAAUGAAAAGAAAGUCCACAUAAUAGAUUUUGACAUCAACCAAGGGAGUCAAUAUUAUACACUGUUAAAAACACUUGCUAGUCGGCCUGGUAAACCACCCCACUUGAGGUUAACUGGAGUUGAUGACCCUGAAUCAGUUCAACGUGCCAUUGGGGGCCUAAAACUCAUUGGGCAAAGGCUCGAGAAACUGGCUGAAACACUAGGGGUGCCAUUUGAGUUCCGAGCACUGCCAUCCAAUACUGCAGUUGUGUCCCCAGCAGUGCUGGACUGCCAGCCUGGAGAAGCACUAGUUGUGAACUUCGCUUUCCAGCUUCACCACUUGCCUGAUGAGAGUGUUUCAAUUGUAAACCAGCGAGACCAGCUGCUCCGGAUGGUUAAGAGUUUAAAUCCAAAACUUGUUACAGUUGUUGAGCAAGAUGUCAACACUAAUACUGCCCCAUUUUUGCCAAGGUUUGCAGAAGCCUACAGUUACUACUCUGCUGUGUUUGAGUCUCUUGAUGCAACUCUCCCCAGGGAUAGCCAGGAGAGGAUGAAUGUAGAAAAGCAGUGUCUGGCGCGUGACAUAAUUAACAUUGUUGCAUGUGAGGGAGAGGAAAGAAUAGAACGUUACGAAGUUGCUGGGAAAUGGAGAGCGAGGAUGAUGAUGGCUGGUUUCACGUCAUGUCCAAUUAGUCCAAAUGUGAAUGAGGCAAUUCGAGAACUUAUAAAGCAAUAUUGUGACCGGUACAAGGUGAAGGAAGAAACGGGUGCACUCCAUUUUGGGUGGGAAGACAAGGUCUUGAUUGUUGCUUCAGCAUGGAAGUAA